AUUGACCAAACCUUACAAGUUACAAAUGAAAAUUUCUAUAAAUUCAUUAGACAUGGCAUCAUUUUCACAAUAAAGAAAAAGCAUUGAUACUCAACCAUGUAUUAUCCUUCUCAACCAAAUACCUACUAUCCUUCGGCACCACCACCACCACCACCACCUCCGGCGAUGUCCAUGGUCGCUCCGGGACCGAUUCCUUGGACGACCGGUCUCUGUGAUUGUACCGAUGAUUGUGGAACUUGUUGGAUGACAUGUUGCUGUCCAUGCAUAACAUUUGGAAUGGUUGCAGAGAUAACUGAUAGAGGAAACACAUCAUGUGGAAUAAGUGGAUCAUUGUACACACUGUUGAUGUGUUUCACUGGUUGUCAAUGGAUAUAUUCAUGUAUGAAUAGAUCAAAAUUGAGAGCAGAGUACUCACUUGAAGAGAGUCCUUGCAAUGACUGUCUUGUUCAUUGUUGUUGUGAACCAUGUGCUUUGUGCCAAGAAUAUAGAGAGCUUCAAAAUCGCGGUUUCGAUCUAAAGAUCGGUUGGAGAGGGAACAUGGAGAAGAAGGCUCAAGAAAUGGCUAUGGCACCAAACAUACAAAAAGGGAUGAUGAGAUGAAUGACAUGAAUGUUUAAUUAAUCAUUAUUUUUGUUUCACUUUGUAUUGCUUGUUAAACUAUUUGUGUCAU